GGUAAACGUCACACGCGUCUUUGAGUGGAUUGUAGCGCUAGUUACUUCCCUUGUCCGAUCCGCUGCUUAUUUUGUACCGAAUUACUUAGUACCUUUGGGUCUGCUAUGCCGUUAAGCAAACACUAUUUGAACAGUACGUAAUGGUGAUACUAUAUUUUUGAAAAACGUCUUAAAUCGUCCAUUGUGUUGUGUUUUGUCGAUUGCUGUAGGAAGAGUUAAAUCAUCCCGCUGGGGGAGUGGAUGUGCGGGGUUGAGAUAUUGUGUGCGAGAGUGAGAUACACUAUUGAACAGGAAUUCCCUUUAGUGGACAACAAGCAAGAAAGAUUACCAAGCGCGGUGAAGAUGGCGUCGAUGGCGUCGAUGGCGCUUAAACUGACAUGUAAAAACCCAAAAAAUAUGUUCUGCUUCGUGUGCGGCGUUUACACAAAGUCGCACCACAAGCGCUCGAUAAUGACGAAGCCGCUGAUCGACGCGUAUGAGGCGUACUUUGAGUGCCGGACGAACAAACGAAACUAUGUCCACGGUCCGCCAUCCGUUUGCAAUGACUGCAACAACGCACUGCUUCGAUGGUCCAGCGGAAUGAUUUUAAGACCUGACUUGUCGUUCGACGUGCCAAUGAUAUGGAGUGAACCGAGCAACCACCAGAUGGAUUGCUACUUCUGCAUGACAACUUCGAUGGGGCGACGAGGAUCCAUGGGCUAUCUCGACGAACCUGUGAACUACCCGGACAACCUACUCUCAGCAAUAAAACCUCGUAUGACGAGCCUGAAGGCAAUCAACACCUCCAUUGUGGCGAGGCGUGGCCGUUCCAUGGGAAGUCUGAUGGCUGCACCGGUCGUAAGCAAGAGGCCCACGAACAUGGUGAACGGUGUCGACAACAAGCAGGUGCAUGUCGGAACGGCACAAACCGACGCUCGACAGGGGGCGAAGUCGACGAAUCAGGUGCUGGUAGCCGGCUUGAAACGUAAGUCGUCUGAUCCACCGGACGCGAACAUGUACGACGUGACGAAGGUGCGACUGCACUCCUUGGAACCCUCGAUCGUGCUUGAGCAGAGCGAAAAGCGCCUCCCGUCGUCGUCUCGUUCUUCAGUAGGUUCCCAUCCGCCGGUAAUUUCGAAGAAUCUCCGUUCACAAACAACCACCACUAGUGCGAGACAACAGCAGUUAGGCAACCCGCAAAUCACCAGCGUGUUCUCGCUGCAAGGCGAGCUUCCGGAAUACAACGAUUUUACGUCAACGUCGCCUACUGCGCUUAUGCGUGCUGUAAAUGGACAUGUAAAUAUGCCUAUUACAAUCGAGAUCGAAGAUGACGAUGAUGAAGAAGAGGAAGUGGAGGGCGAACAACAGAUAAAUCAGGAAAUUGAAAAACCUAAACUGCCAGAGGUAAAAAAGGAACAAGAAACAAAUGGAGCGCAACAGGAGAAGAAGCCAGAAGCACAGCUUAAAAUGGAACAGUUAGAGGAAGCGGAAGAGCACAAGCCAUUAAGGGCGGCCGAGUUUAUCAAUAUUCACAGUCUCCCAUCCGCGUCGUCGACGGCUUCAUCAAAGAUGGUGGUGGUAAAGAUGAUUUCCCCAGAAAAGCUGACGACCAGAUCCUCAUCUUCGGGCUCCACUGACAACGCCGGUGCCGCGCCCACAAGUUCUACGGACCCUUCCAACCCCAACACGCCGGUACGGGUGGUGCGCCCUCCGCACCUUAUAACACAGUCAGAGUUGAUACUGCUUAUCCGUGAACUCGAGCUAUCGCGAGAAAAGUCCGCGAUUCUGAUCGAACGGUUGAAACAGUGGAAUCUUCUGGCGGCCCAAUUGAUAACUCCCAACCGACAGCGUGGCAGCGUGAGCGCACCAAUGACGCAACCAGUACCAACGGUUGUUCGGCACGUUACGACGUUGUCGGGAAGUAAUACGAUGAAAAAUAUCACCAUAAAACGCGAGGGGAUGCGGAAUCUUACGGUGCCCAAGCCAACGUCCAUGCCUUUCAAGCGGACGGUGGUUCAACAGUCGGUGGGCCAGUCCUUCAUAAGACUCAUACCAUCCUCGGGUCAGUCGAACACGAUAGCAACAAGCAACAAACAAAGACUCACACUGCCGAACGGUACUCCGGUCCUUCGGCAGCAGCUAGUGGUACGCAAGAGGUCAUCGGUGAAAUCCGAGCUGGUAUCGUCCAGCUAACAUGUCGACGCAUAACCUAAGUAACCCCAUCCUACUGAGCUAAAAUCAUGCGGAGGACAUAUUUGUACACCUUUCAACACAACAGUGUUUAUUCUAGCCGGAGUUCCCGCAUAGCCGCAUUGUGGGAUGCAAGUUUUAGUUUCAUUUAGGUUAUCGCUUUGAUUUGACAUAAUAAAACAGUGUAAAAGUAUUUUCACGUUACUUGUGUUCACAAUUUCAUGUUUGCAACAUAGGAAAAUAUCAAUCGAUACUGCAAAAUCGAUGUGGUUGGCAAUGGCCAUCUUCACAAAGUAUAGUUUGGCAUUGGUACAGUAUAAAUUGGAUAGAAUAAAACCUAUUAAAGAAGAUAAAAUGUGCGAUUGUUCAUUGCACUGUUCUCCACAUAUUGAUUUGAAUGCGAGUUCAAGUGCCAUAGAAACUCUCAGAAUUCUCCUCAUCGUUGAAGCACUUCC